AUGACUGACAUGUCUGGUCAAGGCUGUGGUCACGCUGUUAAAGACGAACUGGAACAGUCUAGCACGUCUGCGGCGACCAAAUUUCACCCCUUCGACCUCGAAUAUCCCGAGUUACCGCUGCAUCUUUCCCUUGACUCGCUGCUGGCGCAUUCCUCGUCGUCGAAUCCAUCCCCCACCAGAACCGUCAUGCCCCCGCCCGAGGCAGAUCAGCCGCCCCUCGAUGGCAGUUGGGCCUCUCUUGUUGGAGACGAGUCCUCGAAUGAAGAGGACCUACAGUCCGAGCACACCGAUGUGGGGUCACUGCUCGAUGUACACAGUUCAGACGAUGUCCGCAGCGUGACAGAUGAAGUCACCACCGACGACGCCGAGUCUACAGAUGAGGAAGAUUUGGGCGACACCCUCACAGAAGAGCUGGAUAGGGGUCAUAUACUAGGGCCCUACAUCCGCCAUGAGCCGCCCGUCCACGCUCGGUCUUCCGACAGCCUGCAGUCGUCACAAUGCAGGGUGAACGAUGUCCAGAAUAUCAUACCCCAUACCGUAACCACCUUUACCGCCAGCAAAGAACUCACCGAGGCCGAGAUCCAGACGCUCCCUUCAUUCCGAGAGGACGGGACCAAGUCGACUACGUAUUUUCGAGUUAUCGAGAUGCCCGUGUUGGAGGAUGGUCUGGAUCUGAACAAGCACAACCACUUCAACGUCCUCUUACUCGGACGCCAAAUCGAGCAGUUCAGGCCAGAGAUUCAGAGAAAAGUAGGAGACGCGCUUGUGACACGGUUCGGAACCCCUAGCUAUACCAAUCCAACCUCGGUCACGAGAUUCCUCCUGGUACCGAAUAAAUUUGGGCCUGGGGCAGAACCUGAUUUUGCCGACCUUGUCGCCAUCGACAAACAGAUUGAUUUUGAUUGCUACGACCUUGUCGCAGCCUCUAGAAAGCCUGGACAACAGACGGAGUUGAUUCUUACGAACAGCCAGACCGGAACGAAGCUCAUCUCGAAGAGAAGUGGCUCCAGGUUCGUGGUUGACAACCAACAUUGGGCACUCCCAGACCUUGCGAUCAUCUGUGUUCAUCUUAGCGACGAGGAUACUAUGGAUGUCGACAGCUUCAGAAUGAUUUCGUUUGCUGAACGACACCGCAUACCUUGUAUCCUCAUCCGCAUGGACCGAGGCUGGCACGGUCAGUAUAAUGGCGUCGUGACUAUUGGGUCCCUUCACGAACGCAUUAAGCCGCAGCACAAGCAACCCCAGCAUAAGGGCUCUCCUCUACUACCUGUCGAUAUGGCUGCAUUCCUGAAUCUAGAUUCUGCCCAGCUCAACCGGCACAUCGCCUAUGUGGUCAUGUCUGCAGAUAGAGCGGCCCGCCGCGAGGUGGAAAGCCAGAACUCUUUGCCCAAAAACGCCGUGGAGAAGCCGAUGACCAUGGUUGAUGUCAUACCACGACUCAACCCGUCGAUAUUGAAGAAUGCCUUGAUGCUUCUCUGGGUUGUUGGUGUGUACGUAUUUCUAGGAUAUCAGUUGUGGCCUGUGCUAUCGGGCCUCAAUUCAGGAGGAAGUAGCAGAGAAGUGGUAUCAAGCGCCAGCACGAAACCGCCGGUGCCAACCACGACCAUGCAUCCACCCUGUCAAGGAUCGCCCAGUACUUCCUGCAUUCCUGGGCAAGAAACCCAAGCACUUCGGCACAUCCCUGGUGUGAGCUCGACACAUGUCAAUCCGGUACUUGCCGAUGAUUCAAGACGUUUUCGAGUGAGCAUUGCAGGCGAUAAGCAGUUACUGGUCAAACUUCCUGAGGUCGCACUGAGUCACAAAGCCCGGUCCAAGUUGACUGUCGAACUGUGGCGGGAUACGCAAAAGCUGCCGGCUGCAGUACAAGAGCUCUUCGAGGGAGUGGUCAGCGUGCAACUUCUGCCUCGCGAUGCUUACGGUGACAUUGAAGUCAACUUAACCAUGAGCAGACCUGAGCUGAUCGAGAUCAUCAAGGUUUCCUUCGGUGACCGGUACCGCUUUGAGGGACAGCAUCUGAAAGAUCUGUUGAGCAUGUUACAAGGCCAUGUACAAGCAAAGGUCUCCAAUAUCUCCUCAUCUCUGCAAGAUAUCGGCCACGGUUUGUUCUCCGAUCGCUUUUCGACGCUGCUCCGUCUUGCUAAGGAUCGACUGGACGAACGAAGACGCCGAGACGGCGCCCAAUACACGAAACUGGUUGACUUGAACAUGACCAUUCUUAGAUACAGGUUUCACCAGAAGAUGCAAGAUUUGCACGACCAGUUGGUGCAACGAAACAGAGAAUGCUUCAUGCAUGGACGAAUGCUCCUCGAUGUUCUAUCGACCAAGUAUUCUGAUGCUCGCUCACGCAUCCUGAAUACCGUGCAAUCAGUAAACCAGCGGCGACUCCGGCCAAGACUGGACCACGCGAUUGUUGCCGACAAGCUUGAGACCGCACGAGGACGAGCGCACCGCCUUGUGUCAAGGGCAGCACGGAAUCUGCGGGCACGAAAUGCUGGCGGUUGA